CACAAAAACCACAAUUCUUUCACAAAUCGUAACGAUUCCUUUUCCCAGCACCACCUGUUUGGGACGAAUCUGACACAAUGGCUAGCCAAAACAAGCAGAAUGAAGUUGACGAAAAGUUGGCCAAGCAGACUUCCAAAUUAAACAUGUCUGCUAAGGCUCCUUCUUUCUCUCCAUCGGCUUCUUCGUUUACGCCGUCGGCACCUGUUUUUACUCCUUCUUUCCAAAGAGCUCCUGCUGCGAAUGCUGGUUACACUGGAGGCGUUCCCUCUGGCUACAGUCAAUAUGUCCAGGGUGGAAACGGAUAUCAAGCUGGUGGCUACCAACAAUUCUAUCAGCAACCCGGCUCUGGUGUUUCUGAGAACAGAACUCGUGUGGCCGAUUUCUCGAAAAAGAAGUCUUUCGUGCCUCCUAAGCCAGCUCUUCCUAAAGGAAAGGUUCUUUCCAUUGGCGGCGGUGCCAAGGCCGGUAAACCUGUAACUAUCUCUAUCGGUGGUAAGGCUGCUGCUCCUGCUGCCAAGGAAGCUGCUACUAAGCCUGUUGCCGAAGCUGCUUCCAAGACGGCUUCCGAGACUGCUCCUGCUAAGCCGGAGGUUAAGGAGACUGCCGCUCCUAAGGAAGCUGCUACGCCUGUAAAGGAGACUCCCAAGGCCUCUUCUUCCCCCAAGUCUGCUGCUGAAACCGCCGCUCCCUCCAAGCCCUCAAAGAAGGCAGAGCCCGUGGAGACUGCUCCUGCUGAGAAUUUGCAAGAGGAAGUUGACAGUGAAGUUCUCCAGGAAAUGUACGGUAAGGAGCAUGUCAACAUUGUCUUCAUUGGACACGUCGAUGCCGGUAAAUCCACCUUGGGCGGUAACAUUCUUUAUCUCACUGGUAUGGUCGAUAAGCGUACUAUGGAGAAGAUUGAGAAGGAAGCCAAGGAUGCCGGUAAGGAAAGUUGGUAUCUUUCUUGGGCUUUGGACAUGACCGCCGAGGAGCGUGAAAAGGGUAAGACAGUCGAAGUUGGUCGUGGUUACUUCGAGACUGAGCACCGUCGUUUCAGUCUGUUGGAUGCUCCCGGUCAUAAGGGUUAUGUCACCAACAUGAUUAACGGUGCUUCUCAAGCUGAUAUCGGUGUCUUGGUUAUUUCUGCUCGUAAGGGUGAGUUUGAAGCCGGUUUCGAGCGUGGUGGUCAAACCCGUGAGCACGCCGUUUUGGCUCGUACUCAAGGUAUUAACCAUCUUGUCGUUGUCAUCAACAAGAUGGACGAGCCUAGUGUGAAAUGGUCCGAGGAGCGGUACAAGGAGUGUGUCGACAAGCUUAGUGUUUUCUUGCGCCGUGUUGCCGGUUACAACCCCAAGACGGACAUUAUGUUCAUGCCCGUUUCGGCCUACACCGGUCAAAACGUAAAGGACCGUGUUCCGGCUUCUAUUUGCAAGUGGUACAACGGCCCUUCUUUGCUCGAGUACCUUGAUACGAUGAACCGUCUGGAGCGUAAGGUAAACGCUCCCUUCAUCAUGCCCAUUGCUUCGAAGUACAAGGAUCUGGGUACCAUUUUGGAAGGAAAAAUCGAGGCUGGUUCCGUGAAGAAGAAUGCUCAAGUGAUUGUUAUGCCCACCCGUGAGCCUCUCGAGGUCACGGGUAUUUACGACGAAGCUGACAACGAGUUGCCUUCUUCCAUUUGUGGUGACCAGGUGCGUCUCAAGGUGAAGGGUGAUGACUCGGACAUUCAAGCCGGUUACGUCUUGACCUCGGCUAAGAACCCUGUGCAUGCUACUACUCGCUUUGUUGCACAAAUUGCCAUCUUGGAGCUUCAGUCUCUCUUGACUACAGGUUACACUUGUAUCAUGCACAUUCACACUGCUGUUGAGGAGGUGUCAUUCUCCAAGCUUCUUCACAAAUUGAACAAGACGAACCAACGUAGUAAGAAGCCUCCAUUGUUCGCGACAAAGGGUAUGAAAAUUAUUGCAGAACUUGAGACUCAAACUCCCGUUUGUAUGGAGAAGUUCGAGGACUACCCCUACAUGGGUCGUUUCACUCUCCGUGAUCAAGGUACUACUGUUGCCGUCGGUAAAGUCAUUGAAAUCUUGGAUUAGGUUUCUUCAUAGUCGAAUUUUGAAGCGUGUUUCUUUAGGUAUUGAACGAAGUUUGAAUUGUAGGGUGUGAAAUAUGAUUGUGUGAAACAGG